AUGGCUUUGUGUCUUUUUUCUCUUAUGUAUGCUGCAGAACACAGUGAAUUGAAUUAUAAUUUCUAUUUGAUUAUAAUCUUGAGAUUGUUUGGAAGCAGAGUAUUGUACUGUAUUUUGCUUGAUUUCUGCAACAGGGGCACACGAUCUCCUGCACCCCGAAAGAAACAACUCAGGUCCCUGAUCAUAUCCACGUUUAGAUCCAAAUCCAGGUCCAUACCGAGGAGUAGGUCUAGGUCAAGAUCUUUGCCAAGGCCUAUAUCUCCAUCAACAAGGCGUGGAAGGUCUGAAAUUGAAAACCCUGGUAACACUCUCUACGUGACCGGCCUAUCCACAAAAGUCACUGAAAAGGAUCUUGAAGCACAUUUCUCCAAGCAAGGAAAGGUUGCGUCCUGCGUUCUAAUGCUGGACCCGCACACCCGUGAGUCUCGUGGUUAUGCCUUUGUUACAAUGGAUAGUCUUAGAGAUGCUGAGCGGUGCAUUAAGUAUCUCAACAAAACUUUACUAGAUGGCAGAUACAUAAAAGUCGAAAAGUCCCAUAGAAAGCGCCCUAGAACUCCCACCCCAGGACAAUAUAUUGGCUUGAAACGCUCCAAAGACAAUGAAAAAGACGGAGAUGGCCAUAGCAGUCGAGGGAAGCACGACGAUCCUGAUGAUUCUGGACACCGUUGGUUACCAAGACGCCACAAUUCACCUCGUGAUGAAAGGAAGUCACCAAGACGCGACCAUUCACCUGGUGGUGGAAGAAGCCCAGAGAGAAGUAGGGAGAUUCUGUUGGAGACAGUCAUGGUUUUGCACAACACAAUGAAGUGAAAAUUACACUCUUGGGAUGGUUUGAUAUCUGCAUCAGGGGCUCACGAUCUCCUGCUCCCAGAAAAGAACAACAGAGGUCCGUGUCCAGACCGAGGUUGAGAUCCAGGUCCAGUUCCAUUCAGAGGGAAAGGUCAAGAUCUUUGGCAAGGCCUAUUAUAUCUCCACCAAGAAACCUUACAAGGUUAGUUAUUGCGUUGAGUUUAUGGGUAAAUCAUCUCUCGUUAACUGUACUCUUGCUAGCUCGAGAAGCCGUGGAAGGUUGGCGCUCUAAGCUUUCCUUUUCAGUGUAGUCCUGCAGUGUUUGGUUUCUUUCUUUUAUCUUCAUGUAAAUGAUAUUUGAUUGACAGGGCUGAAAAAGAAGAAGCAAAUAUCUGGAGCGACCUAUCCCCAAUAGUCUCGGACAAGGAUCUUGAAGCACCUGCGUGGACACCGUAGUGUCACCAAGGCGCGACCAUCAUUCACCUCGUGGUGGAAAAAAGGUCUGAGAGAAGAUACCAAUUGUGUAUAUACCAUAUAAAUAUCAGAAUAACUCCUCUUGCGUAUUUCAUUUGUGAUUGUUAUCGUUACGAUUCAAAUCAGAUAAUACUGUUGCAAGAAAACCUAUAACAAAGCAUUGUUAUUAGAAAUAAAAAGAAGAAGCAUUGUUUUAUUUUU